CCUCCUCACUUAACUUUUCUGUUAAGAAAACGUUACUAAAAUAAAUAUUACCGAUGCUUACCGAUUUGAAAAAUAUUGUUUGAUUAUUGGUUAAUUAUGAUAGGAUAAACUUCAUGGAUAAACUUCCAAAGCCCCAGACCUGCGAUCAAUUUUUUUAUUUCAGAAUCCAUGCAUUUUGUAUACCUGAUUAUGGAACAAUCACAACAUUAAAAUACCGUUAAAUACAGUCAAUAAAUUCCAUAUUCAAAUAUUGAGUGUUGAAUCGUUUUUAGAAACAAUUAACCAUAUGAACAAGAAAAAAGCUUGUUUUUUACAUUUUUUUUAAUGUGAAAAUUUGUUUAUACAUUUUAUCUUAAUCAGAGUUAAGUACAUUCGUUUCUGUUUUUGCUUUGUUUUUAUUUUAGUAAUUACUCCAAUCGAAUCAAUUUUAGUUUAAAGUCUAAUUAGGGUAAUAACAUUCGGCUAAAAUCGGCAAACAAUGCAACAAAUUAUUCAGUGCAUCCCGGGUAAUAGCAGCGAUGAAGUUUCUUCUAUUGGUCUACGUUUUCCUUAUUGGAAAAUCCCACGGAUAUGUGCGCCUAACGAAUCUCAAGUGUGAUAUCUUGGAUAAAUCUUUUAUAGAAUUCCCCGAAUGCCGACUAAAAGUGCUUGGCAGGGGAGUUAUCGGUGCAAACAUCCAUUUAAAGUUUCUGAAAUUACCAAUUAAUAGGAUGGUCAUAAGAUUUAACGCUUAUCGAAAGCUCAGCGGCUACCACCCGUUCCUAUUUAAUGUUUCCAAGGACCUCUGUCAUGCUUUGAAGUAUCCGAACCGCCUGGAUGUGUUAUUCUACUUUUACAACGCAAUUUCGCCCUAUUCCAACCUUAAUCAUACCUGCCCAUACAAUAAUGAUGUUUAUAUCAGGAACUGCAUCUUGAACGAUAGGAUGUUUUCGAAGGUUCCAUUACCAAAAGGAACCUAUAUGCUAACAGUCGAAAUGGACGAUGGCAUUAAUCAUUGGGUUUCCACUGUAUCCGUCUACUUUGAUAUUGAUGUGGACUAACUAUGGGGAGAAAAUAUUAUAAUACUCACAACGAUGCAGAUAACUUAUAUGUAUAUAACUAUAAAUAAUUUGUUUCUUUCUUUUAUACAAUAAUCUUGUUUUGUAAUAGUUCACAUAUGGAUUAAAUUUAAUUUCAAAUAAAACAUACAUAUUAUUGUUUGAAACUUGUUUAUGGCCAUCCUCUUGAAAAUUAAUACAAUUUUGACUUUUCGCUUUUAAAAGAGCUCCAUCAUUUAAAAAUAUAAAACAAAAAUUCUUACACAUACAUAUAUGUAAUUUUUAUUACAUAUUUUAAAAUACUGAUUUUUUUAAUUUUAGUUUUCCUUUGUUUUAUAAAAACUUCGAUAUUCUUGGAAAAAGAAAAACGUUCAGAUUGUCAAUACGAAAGUAUUGACGUUAUCAGCGGCAUGGGUGUU